AUGAUGGCAACGACAAGUACUACUACUGCUACUAUGCAAUCCAUUCGUGGCAAUCAGCGUCACUGGGACGUGCUGCGUUUAUUAAGUCACCCAACGGCCUUUGCCAAUGAAACUUCAGCUAUUGCAUUAGGUGAAUUUGAUCCUACUGCUGCACAGGACACAUUUCAUUUCCUGCAGGAUGAGUGUCGUGUACUAAUUAUCGGUGCAGGUGGGUUAGGCUGCGAGCUAUUAAAAGAUGUGGUGCUAUCAGGGUUUACCAAGGUGGACAUUAUUGAUAUGGACACAAUUGACGUAUCCAAUUUGAACCGACAAUUUCUAUUUCGAGCAUCAGAUGUUGGUAAAUCAAAGGCAGAAUGUGCUGCUGCUUUUGUACGUAAUCGCAUGGCAUUCACGAAUAUGGAUCGUCGUCAGAACCAUGUGGACAUUAUACCACACUUUAAAAAAGUGCAAGAUAUGGACGCUGACUUUUACCGUCAAUUUCACAUUAUUCUCUCAGGACUGGAUAAUAUUGAAGCACGUCGCUAUCUAAACUCUGUCAUUGUAUCUCUCGCGGAUGUGGAUGAGAAUGGAGAAGUAGACCCUUCGACGAUUAUCCCGUUGAUCGACGGUGGCACUGAAGGUUUUCGUGGUCAGGCGCGAGUAAUUAUUCCUAGAAUCACAAGCUGCUUCGAGUGCUCACUUGAGACCUUUCCACCCCAAAAGAGUUUUCCUAUGUGUACCAUAGCUGAAACGCCACGACAACCGGCACACUGUAUUGCCUACGCGUUCAUCGUGCUUUGGCCAAAGGUCUUUCCUGAGAAGAAGCUGGACAAGGACUCACCGGAGCACAUGCAGUGGGUUUACCAAACAGCAAAGACCCGAGCUGAGCAAUUUGGAAUCGCUGGUGUUACUUACAGUCUGACGCUGGGAGUAGUAAAAAACAUCAUUCCAGCCGUGGCUUCAACGAAUGCGGUUGUCGCGGCCAUGUGCGUGAAUGAGGCACUCAAAGCUAUGAGCUACUGCAGUCGUUUAAUGAACAACUAUCACAUGCACAUGGGCGCUACAGGAUGCUAUUCGCAUACGUUCCAGUACGACCGCAAGACGGAUUGCGUCGUUUGCUCAUCGCAGCAGAAGACGCUGCAUGUGGAUCCGGACUCGACGACGCUGCAGAAAUUGAUUGACGAGCUUUGCGGCGACAAUUUCCGGCUUUCGAAGCCCUCGAUUAGCUCAGGCACUGCCAGCUUGUUUAUGCAAGGUCCACCAGCUCUUCGUGCUGCUACUAGUAGCAACCUAGCGAAGCCGCUGCGGGAGCUCGUGAAAGACAGAGAAAACCUUACGAUUACGGAUGCAGUAUUUGCGGGUGAUUUGGCACUGUCCUUGCAGAUUGUCUUUGAGCCGAAGAUAAAAAAUGGAGCGACGUAA